ACAUCAAACAAACAUUGCUUACUCAGCUGUUUAUCAUAAUAGUGUCAGUGGCUAUUUUUUUGUAUAUCUAGAAUUUUUAUCAAGGAAUACAUUCCAGUUUAUGAAUAUAAUACAUAAUCUAAACAAAGUGAUGGCAUCAGCAGUAUCUGAUAAAGUUAAAGAGAAAAGAAAUCGGAUUCUCUUGGGACCUCUUCCUGAAGAUUUCCUCCGUGUUAAUAUGUCUGCCCAAGAGCAGCAAGAGGCUGCCGAUAGGCAAGCAGCCCUAGCACUUCAACAGCAGUAUGCUGGAGGGGCAGCAUCAUAUUUAGCUACUAUCCCAGGUCGGCUUAGCAUUACAGUGGCCCAAGCAAAACUUGCUAAGAACUACGGUAUGACUAGAAUGGAUCCAUAUUGUAGACUUAGGGUUGGACACUGUGUUUACGAAACCCCUACAGACCCUAAUGGAGGCAAAAAUCCUAGAUGGAAUAAAGUCGUAUAUUGUGUGCUUCCUCAAGGCAUUAACACCAUAACACUAGAAAUAUUUGACGAGAGGUCUUUUACAAUGGACGAACUGAUUGCGUGGACUCAGAUAGUUAUUCCACAACAGGUGAUGUCAGGAGAAACACACGAGGAGUGGUAUCCACUUAACGGCAAACAGGGUGAAGGUUUGGAAGGCAUGAUCAAUCUCGUUUUAAGUUAUUCUGCAUCUCCUCCAUAUCUUUAUGCACCAAAUCCCAUUAUGGUUGUUCCUAGAACUGGAGGCACUUCUAUAAAACCCUUCAAAGUGUAUACCACUACUACCAAUGCCCCUGCUCCAUCACCUGUGCCAGUACUUAGUGAAUCUGAGUUGAUACAGAUAGAAGAAAUGUUUCCGAACAUUGAGAAGGAAGUUAUCAAGACUGUGUUCGAAGCUAACAGAGGAAAUAAAGAGAGUACGAUCAACUCUCUACUCCAAAUGGCCGACUAAAUUAUAAGAAUGGUACUUUUUCUGUUUGUUUUUUUAUCGUUUAUCGCCUAGACUUAGCAUUUAUAUUAAAAAAAUGUUUUAUAUUGAGAAUAUUCUACUAUUUACUUAUGCUUAAUAGGAGAGUUUCUAGUCAAAAUGGUUUGUAAAUAUAUAAUUUUCUAAGUUACUUUGAAUAUAUUGGGAGAAAGUAAAUUUCCUACUGCUCAUUUUGUGCCAUAAAAAUUUGUGUUAAAAUUUACAAGUUUUUUAUAAUUGAAAAGUGUAAAUUUGUUUAUGGCUAGAAAUAAAUCAAGAACUAUAAAUUUGAUCAGUUUAA